CAGACGGAGCAGAGACGUUAGUGCUCACUACAGUGUAUGUUAACAGUGUGUGUAGAGCAGGGGGAGAUGGAGAGCUGUCUGACAAUUCUUUUUAUGUCCACAUUGGUCACACUCAGCACUGCUGGCAGUGUUAACGUGAGACUUGUGAACGGUUACCGCUGUUCUGGUAGAGUGGAGGUUCUUCAUGAUGGUCAGUGGGGAACAGUGUGUGAUAAUGACUGGGAUAAGACAGAUGCUGCAGUGGUGUGUACAGAGAUCGGCUGUGGAGAGGCUUUAGAGGCUCUGGGUAAUGCUAAAUUUGGACCAGGAUCAGGACAAAUCUGGAUGAAUAAUGUGCGCUGUAGUGGAUCAGAGUCUACACUGAAGAACUGUGAUUCAGAUGGAUGGGGUGGACAUUACUGUUAUCAUGGUGAAGAUGCUGGAGUUAUCUGCUCAGGAACCACAAGACUUGAUGAUGGACCUCAUCUGUGUUCUGGGAGAUUAGAGAUACUUCAUGAGAACACGUGGAUUUCAGUGUGUGAUGCUGCCUUUGACCAGCAGGAUGCAGAGGUUGUGUGUAGAGAGCUGGACUGUGGGGCUCCUGUACAGGUGCUAGGAGCAGCUGCUUUUGGAAAAGGAGAGAGUCAGAUGUGGACAGAAGAGAUUCAGUGUAGAGGCAACGAAUCACACAUUCAAUUCUGUCCAUCAUCAACUUCACAUAACAGAACCUGCUCCCAUGACAACGACGUGGGACUGAUAUGUUCUGGUUACUCAGAGCUUAGACUGGUGAAUGGCCCUGAUAUCUGUUCUGGUCGAGUGGAGCAUCAGUAUUUCAAUGAGCGGGGAACAGUAUGUGAUGGAUGUUUGGAUAUGAGAGCUGCCAGUGUCAUCUGUAGACAGCUGAAUUGUGGGAUUGCUGUGUCUGUUGUGGGAGCAGACUGGUUUGGAGAGGGAAGUGGUGAAAUCUGGGCUGAUGUGUUUGAUUGUCAGGGGAAUGAAACACAACUCUCACAAUGUCCCAUCUCUUCAUGGAGUCGAGCUGAACUUUCUCAUAGACGAGAUGUUGGAGUCAUCUGUUCUAAUUCGUCUCUGGCACUUCAUGAUGGGCGAGUGCGGUUGUCUGGAGAGAGAGAGUGUGAGGGGGAGGUGGAAGUUUACAUCCAUCAGGUCUGGAGGAGAGUUCUGCUGGACUCCUGGAGUCUCACUGAAUCCUCUGUGGUCUGCAGACAGCUGGGCUGUGGCUCUGUGCUAAACUUCUAUGGCUCCUCUUCAUCCAGUCCUGAACACAGUCAUAAGUGUGUGAUGGGCUUCCAGUGCUCUGGGAGUGAAGCUCAUCUGGGGAACUGCAGCUCUCCACAAACUCUCAACUGCAGCUCCACACAACAGCUUUCAAUCUCCUGUCUUGGUCAUGGGUCCAUCAGGCUAGUGGGUUCUGGAGGAGGCUGUGCAGGGAGGCUGGAGGUUUUUCACAACGGCUCAUGGGGGACAGUGUGUGAUGACUCCUGGGAUGUUAAAGAUGCUCAUGUGGUGUGCAGACAGCUGCAGUGUGGAGUGGCCCUCAGUAACCAGCAGGUACCAGCCUGGUUUGGUCCUGGUUCUGGACCCAUAUGGCUGGAUGAGGUGAACUGUGAGGGGAAUGAGACAUCCUUGUGGAACUGCUCUUAUCAGGUUUGGGGAAAACAUGACUGUCAGCACAAUGAGGAUGUAGGAGUCGUGUGCUCAGAGUUCAAAGAAAUCAGGUUGACUGAUGGUUGUAAAGGGAAUGUGGAGGUUUUCUACAAUGGAUCGUGGGGUAAUGUAUGCUACAACCAGAUGGACAGAGACACAGCGAGUCUGAUCUGUCAAGAGCUGAACUGUGGAAAAUCUGCCAGUGAACCCAGUAACUCACAAGGACUAAAGUCAAAUUGGCUGGAUCAAUUUAAAUGUCGUCCACAUGACUCAACUCUGUGGCAGUGUCCAUCUUCAACCUGGGGACAGAAUAACUGUCAUCAUAACGAGGUGGCUCAUAUAACCUGCUCAGAAAAGGAAAACAAUGAAUCGCCUCGAAGUCAUCUUUCAUGUUCUGCAUCUCCAAACCAGAGACACUGUACAAAGUAUGUUCCUCUGAGACUGAGUGGAGGGAAGGGUCGGUGCUCUGGGAGACUGGAGGUGUAUCAUAACGCUGUGUGGGGUUCAGUCUGUGAUGAUCAGUGGGACAUCAGGGAUGCUCAGGUGGUCUGCAGGCAGCUGGGUUGUGGAGCAGCACUGAGUGCUGAUGGGAAUGCAGCCUUUGGUGCUGGUGAAGGUGUUGUGUGGCUGAACAGAGUCGAGUGCAGAGGGAAUGAGAUUCACCUGUGGGACUGUCCUCUCUCCCUGAAUAAUCACACUGACUGCUCACACAAAGAGGACGCUGGACUCACCUGUGCAAAUUUGUCUGUGUACACGAAUCCUGCCCCUACAACAUCAACUUUUCCUCCAGUUUCACAGACAGAUGUGACACCAUCUCUGUCCUCACUGAUCACUCGUCCACAAACUCCUCCAGCAGCUUCUCUCUCCAUCCCUCCAGUGGUUGUGAUUGUACUGGGAGCUGUACUCUUACUGCUCUUACUGCCACUCAUUAUACUGAUUCAGCAGAACAGAGUGAUGAGGAGAGCUCUUUCCAAGAGAAGACACAAGACUCAGACUGAAGCAGUUUAUGAGGAGAUUAAUCACAGACUCAUCACAAAUAAAGAUAAACACAUCACUCAGAGAGGAAGAGUCCUUUCUGAAGGACAGCAUUCUGGGUAUGAGGAUGCUGAUGAGAUUCUUUCAGCUAAAUCUGCAGUAGAAGACUCAUCUGGACACUAUGAUGAUGUCACCACCACUAAAGUCCCAAAAGAAGAGCAAGGAGACACACCAGAGACCUACGAUGAUGCAAUCACUGCUGGACUGAGAUGUUGUGCCACAGAAAACUAUGACGAUGUUGUGAUCGUGCGAAAGUUGUCCAAUAAUAAAACAGUUUCAGAGGGAGUUCAGGAGGAGUAUGAUGACGUGAGGAAUGUCAGUGAAGAUUUGAGAAACCUGUUUGACUAUGAUGAUGUGGGGAAGGUGCCAGACAAACAUGAAGGGACUGUUUAACUCAGGAACCACACACACAACCUCAAAUCUUUUUACAGCUUUAGGAAAUGGAUGGAGUUUAAGUGAUCUUAUAUACAAGUUUCAAUUGCAAUCCAGCAAUGUUUUAUAUUACAUUUAAUGUGGUCAAAAUUAUCAGUUGUAUUUAGCUUAUUUUCUUUUGACAGACAGAAAAAUGUCUUGCUUUCAUGGACUUUUGAAAAUGUUGAUUUAUCUUUCCUCUUCAUUUUAAAUCAAUCAAUAUACUACUUAUAAAUGAAUGUUUUUAAUAGUUUCAUGAUUAUAGAAAGAGGAUUUAUGCAAUGAAGAUGCUGAAAAUCUUGAGAUGUAUUUUCUAGAAGCCACUUGUACUGUAACAUGGAAUCACAGACAUUUCUGAAUGUUGAUUUUGACAAUUGUUGUGCUUUUGAUGGUGCAGGGCUUAUACAACACAGCACUAUUUCCAUCGUUGCAGUUCCAAAUUUAUGCAUUACACCACCAGGCCUCUGCAAAAAUGGAAAGAGAUGUCAAAAAAAUUACUUAAGAUAUAUAGCGACUUCAGCUUGAUCAAACUGUUUUGAAACAUUUCUAUCUUGUGGCCAAAUUUAGAAAUUUGAAUAAAAACGAACAAACUUGGUUGUUUCCUGACAAACAGAUUCAGAAAUCUGUCUGUAAGAGCAGAAUCUGUACACACCUGAAAUUGUUGUUAUUUGUUUAUUUACUUAAUAGUCUAUGUGAAUUCACUUGUUUUUACAUUUGACAGAUGUUUUGUAUUUAUAGUGACUUACAGUGCUCUUUUGUUUGGACUGGAGCUACAUGGGACAUCAAACUUUGCUUAAUGGUAUGAUAGUGAUGCAGUUGGACUACCAGAUCUGUUACUGUUACGAGUUCAGAUAGUUCACCAUUCAGCAACUGUAAUUAUUAUGUUGGAAAAGCCAGUUCUGUGCACUCCUGUCCAAACAGCCUUUAUUGUCAGUCAGCAUCAGAAGUGGGAAAAGAGAAUGAAUGUGUGUGGAAGUAGGCAUCAGUGAAUAAAUCUGAGUAACUUGUUGUUCAGUAAAUAAUAACUGUUAGUCAGAAUUUAUUACAAGUGUGAAUAUUAUGUUUAUUUUUUCAUAAAGCGCUGAACGUUUAUCAAUGGUCAUGUGGGGUAUCACACCGUUUGCAUACCUUCAUUCAAACAAAGCAAUUUCAUAGAACAACAAAUAGUUUGCCUAAAAAAUGUAUGUCCUCAUACGGGGACAGUUGGUUUAUGUUUUGGAAUUU